UUUUUGUUGGAUUUAGACAAAGGUUCUAUCGUUGAGUUGAUACACAGGAAGGAGUUGGAGGGGUGUGAGAAGAGGAAGGGUGAACGGAAGUGGCCAACGGAGUGGUGAGGGAUCCGCACCGGUGCGCGUGUGCGUGCGCAUGCUCGGCCGUGAGUCGACGAACAUCUGCUAGUCGUAUUUUUGGAGGGGAAGGGAACAUGAUCUCGCAGCUGGGGUGCAGCUAUUAAUAGCCUGCAUCGCCGAACUGCAGUACAAUCUCACCUUCUACCUAAUCGUCAGUGCCAGUUUAGUGUUAUCGUGUUCAUUGAUAACUUUGUUUACUUUUAUCUAGUGAACCAUCUGCGGUAAAGUAAACAUGCGGCAGGUCGCGCGCGUCGUUCUCAGCUGUGAUUUUGACAUUGACAGCUCUGAUGCGGAUCGAUAAAAGCCCUUUGUGCGUGAAUAGACGCCAGACGAAGCAGUAGAAAAAUGGUGAUUUUCGAGGAUUUACAGAAACUUCUGCUCUACCAAAGACUGAACUUGGGAUAUGAAUGCGAUGUUUGCAAGAGGAAAUUUUAUAACAAAUUGGACCAUCUUCACCACAUGAGCAACUGUAAAAGAGUUUCUGAAGAAUUAAAAUGUUCAAAAUGUGGCAAAACGUUUGGACACCAGAAAAUCCUCCACAUGCACAUGCAGUUCCACAACUUGGGCAAGUUGGCACAAUUACCAGCUCCAGCGCCAUCUAUGAACAGCAAAGCCGUGUGUGAGGUUGAAGAACUGACCAAUUCAAAUGGCGACGAAAAGAUAGCAUCUCCAAUUGCGGGUAACCAAGAGACUGAAAGGAUAACGGAUACCUCACCACCAGAUUUUCCUGAACGCCAAACUGUUGCUGAUGUGGUUGAAAAUAUACUUAGAAGAAAUGAAACAAACACUGAGGGCAACAGUUUAACUCCUAUAAAAAUAUUUCAGACGCCAAAGAAAUCACCUAAUACUAGUCAUAAAGCCAAAGUCAGAUCAAAACCAGUGAAAAAAGCAACUGGUCUGACCAAAGUUAAGAUGGAAGACUGCCUACGGUGUGAUGCCUGUUCUUGCAUUUAUAUUGACGACAAAGAUUACUAUAAACACAUGCGGAAUUUUCAUCAAGUCGAUGUCACCAAUAAUUUGCCAAUACCACAGCAAAAGCCUAAACGGAAGUGCCGAUCUUGUUGCAAACAGUGCCGAGGGGCUCACUGUACCUCGGUAAAGAGGCCUCGGGCGACCCAACGAGCCAGCAACCUCAUCUUCAAGAUCAACAUGCAGAACAACAUCCAGGAUCGGUGGACACGAAUGGUGUCACAGCAACUGAGUGAAUAUCCGAUGCCGGAGUUCCAGUCGAUGCCAGAGUUCCAACCGGUUCCGGAGAUCAAACCGGAUCCAGAUGGCAUCACAAUCAAACCGGAACCAGACCUCACCCAUCUGCUCAGUCAGGUUGAGGUGAAGAUAAAAACUGAACCAGAAGACGAUUUCUAUGUAUAGGCUGUGGUUACCACUUUUACAGCGGUGGUACUGUUUUAAAAGAUGUCAUUUACAUAUUUCUAUUUUUGUACGCAUAUAAAAAAGAGGUAUUUAAUAUUUAUCAAAAAGUUAACCGUCUUAGUGCCAAUGUUCAAGUAAUAACUGGGUAUUUUUUUAAACCUACAUAAAAUGCCAUAGUCUACUACACAGAUGUUUUGAAAACAUAUUUUUUACACAUUGGAGUUUAUACACAUGUCCUGCUGGGGUGCCAUGUUGGGUUUUUCCAUCUAUUUAUAGAUCUUCAUAAGUGACAGCCGAGAGCUGUUUGACUCAUAAUAUAACAAUACAGUUUCCCUCACUAAUCCGACCCAAUUUAGACCAGACAAGUUUUUUUUGUGCUUGGUUUCAUUGAGUGUAGAAAUACUUUGACUCACUUCUUGGAGUGACAACCAUAAAAAUUUAUAAACAAACACAAAUGUGAGAUUUUAUUUUUGUUGCCUUUUUGUUUUAAGAAGGUUUGAGUAUAUUCUGACAAAAAUUACAAAAAAUAGACAAUAAAUAACUAAGUUAUGCCAUUUUUUUUUAUCACUAUACACAGAAUUGGUUGGAAAGAUACAAUAUUUUGGAAAAGAUCGUUAAAAAUAUUCUAGGUACUUUUGACUAAAUCUUCAAAUAAAGAAUGGCACUAAAAGGGUUAAGAUUUGAUAACACUUAACAGUACUUAUUUUCAGAGCAUAAAUUUAUAUAUACAAGUUUAUGUAAGAAAUUAUUAUUUUAUGUGUUCUAAUAUUUUCAUGUGUACUAAUGUUUAUUAAAAUGUAACUAAACCAUUCUAAUCCCAAAGAUUAUUAAUAAAGAAUACAGUCUAUUGUAUAUUACCAAAAUUGUAGUUUUAGUUAUUUUUUAACGUGAAAUAGAGAAAAUAAUUUUUAAGUAUCGUCGGAAUAAAGUGAACGUAAUUGAUUACGUUAAUUGAACGUAAUAUAUUUAUAUCUAUGAGACAUUUUAAAAGAUUUUAAAUAAAUAUAUAACUUACUUGUAAUUGUUCCAAAAAUUAGUUCAUAGAAAAUCAUAUAAUUUAUAGAAAAAUUGUAUUUCUUUUGUCCAUUUUUAUAAAAUGCAAUUUACCAAAAGAGUUAUGUUUAGAAAAUAAAAAUAGGUAUGACAAAAAUUAGUAAUUGGAAAUUUUAAUGAAAUGCUAUUAUUGUUUUUUUUGCAAAUAACUUAUUUUUGUGUGUGAAACUGAAUGGUACAAAGAAGGUGUGUCCAUCUACAAGAUAGAAUUUGAUCUCUGUAUGUUUAGUUCCUGUUUAAUGGACUAUGUAUUUAAAGUUACAGAAAGCCCUGUGUGCAUUAAAGUGGAAUGAGUGCAUUAAAACUACAUUUUAUUUAGUUCUAGUGAUUAUUCUAGUCAUCAUUACGUUUAGAUUUAUAUUAUAUUAAGUAAGAGAACUAUCAGUAUCAUAUAUUUUGCUUGCAAUAAUGAAUUGUGUGUGUUUUUAUUCUGUGAUUUUAUUGUACUGUAACUAAUAUAAUAUAAGUUAAAAAUAUACGGAACUAUUUUGAAACAAA